CAGCUUCCGAAAUUAGUUUUGUUUUGAUGUACCAAAAUGGUUUUGUGAAUUGAGGCAUUUGAAUGGUUUUUAUUUACACAUGAUAAACAAUAGAGCCUACGUCGGUGGAUUAUAGAUUUAUUGGGUUUUGUGAGAAAACGUUUUGCACAAAAGAUAUAACGUUUGUGUGGUUUUAUACAAAAUAAUUAGAAAUGAAAAAAAAGUAUAAUGGUGUUAUCAAGAUUAGUUAUUCUAUCUUUAAUAUUUCAUGUAUACUCCGAAAAGCCGAACAAAAAUAUAAAAGUUAUCUAAAUUUAUGGGAAUAGAACCCUGAGUCGGAAAAAAUAACCGUGAAAACCGCAAUUUAGAAUAAAUCUACGGCUAUUUAAUCUAAAGAUGUGAAUCAGCUGUUCUAUCAUGUUCAUGAAUGACAGUCAUACUGGCAGCAGGUUUUGUUUUGCUUUCAAUGCCAGAAGAGGCUGUAUGAGGGCAGAAUGUCCGCAAGGUGCUGACCGAGAACGGAGUCAAUGUGCCACAGACAAUGGAAUCCCAGGAAAAAACAGAUUCUUUCGACUCCAAAGAACAUUCAAGGAAUGAAGUGGUGGAAAGUGCUGAACAAAAUUCGUUUGAUCCUUCGAUUGAGCCGCUGCUGCGGGAAAACCCACGACGGUUCGUAAUAUUCCCAAUUCAGUAUCAAGAUAUCUGGAAAAUGUAUAAAAAGGCUGAAGCAUCAUUCUGGACAGUUGAAGAAGUUGAUUUGUCCAAAGACAUGAAGGAUUGGGAAACGCUUAAAUCUGGAGAAAAACAUUUUAUUUCGCAUGUGCUAGCGUUUUUUGCUGCUUCUGAUGGUAUUGUUAAUGAGAACUUGGUAGAGCGGUUCAGCCAGGAAGUACAGGUUACUGAGGCUCGCUGCUUCUACGGUUUCCAGAUCGCCAUGGAAAAUGUACACAGUGAAAUGUACUCGUUGCUGAUUGAUACCUACAUUCGAGACCCUAAAGAACGGGAUUACUUAUUCAAUGCAAUCGAAACACUACCAUGUGUAAAGAAAAAAGCUGACUGGGCAUUGAAUUGGAUUUCCAGCAAACAUGCCAACUUCGGUGAACGGAUAGUUGCUUUUGCGGCUGUCGAGGGCAUAUUCUUCAGUGGAAGUUUUGCUGCUAUUUUCUGGUUAAAGAAGCGUGGUCUUAUGCCCGGAUUAACAUUUUCAAAUGAGUUGAUUUCUCGAGACGAAGGACUACAUACUGACUUUGCGUGUUUGAUGUUCAAAUACCUUGUACAGAAACCGUCCCAGGAGCGUGUAAUCGAGAUUGUACGGGAAGCAGUUGUGAUCGAGCAAGAAUUUUUGACGAAAGCCUUACCAGUUGAUUUGCUUGGCAUGAACUGCGAUUUGAUGUCUCAGUAUAUAGAGUUUGUUGCCGAUCGAUUAUUGCUCGAGUUGGGAAUCAACAAGAUUUAUAACACAAAAAAUCCGUUUAGCUUUAUGGAAUUCAUCUCAUUAGAGGGUAAAACGAACUUCUUUGAAAAGAAGGUUGGAGAGUACCAGAAAUGGGGAGUGAUGGCCAAUCGUCUUGACAAUGUGUUCACGCUGGACGCUGAUUUCUGAAACUAGCACAUCUAGAUCUUAGUAUUAUAAGCGAUCAAUCGUGUUUGAUUUGCGGGCAUUGACAACGCUGUGGGGAUGCCACCUUAAUUUAUGUAUUUUUAAAUUUAAAAACCGACUAAUUGUAUUGACGGGAUUUUUUUUUGUGUAUAGACAAAGGAGUAUAUAUAUAUAGUUUUUUUUCGGAAACAGUAUAGCAGUGUUUCAUUGAUCAUUCGCAAUUUUAUGUUGCUUCAAUUUUGCAAUAAUUAGUAUCAUCAAGAAACGAAUUUUCAACUAUUCUUCUCGAGUUGAUCUCAUUGAUAGAUUUCGUACAUUCGAAAUUGUAAAAUUGCUGCUAGACAUUGAUCUGUUGUGUCUUCCUAAGCAUAAUUAAAAUUUAUCAUGAACGUUUCCUCAAUUGCAUAAUCUCAGAACGUUGUACGGGAAAUAGUAUCAAAUAGUUUAUCGACUAGGCAAUCAGUGCUGCUUGAUAAUUUGUUAAUUAAAAAGACGUGAAUAUAUAGAAUAAAUGAUAUGCCGAAGUUGCAAAACAAA